UGACCUAGCGCAAAAGCACCAGCGCCGGUGGCAGGCGCUCUACGACCUCUCCAUGAUAAAGAACGACAGACGGAAGGAACAAACGAGAUCCCCAAGCACGCGAAGCCAGUCCGGUCGGACCCCCUCGCCGCAUCCUAGUUUCCAGCUUUUUCCACGGCAAAGCGAGUAGGAAAGAAGCUUCGAGGAAACUUCCUCCUUCAUUAUCACCGUCUUUCCUGCCGGUCUUCCUGGAGAGCAGUUUCUUGGCCGGAAAGGGGAAGCCAGAUAUCGAAGAAGGAGCGGCGCGGGAAGAGGAAGAGAGAGAGAGAGCAGAGGGAGGAAAUAACGAAGAAGAAGUCCCCGUUGCUUCCGAUUCCCACCAUCUCUUAAGUUUUCUUCUCCAAUCCGCCAGUGGUAGCAGAUCCACCGCAACGGUGUCAUCUCUCCUGCGACAGCGAUGGCCUUCCGCCCGGUGGCGUCCCCCAACAGGUACAUGCGGCAAUGCGAUGAGGAGAGCGGCCGCGAGCGUGGCAACCCUGGCGAGAUCUGCUCCUCCAGCGGCCCCUUCGAUAUCCCUCCCAAGAACGCCCCCAUAGAGCGGCUCCGGAGAUGGAGACAAGCGGCACUUGUGCUGAAUGCUUCUCGCAGGUUUAGAUAUACUCUGGAUUUGAAGAAGGAGGAAGAAAAGGACCAAAUAAGGAGAAAAAUUCGUGCACAUGCUCAAGUCAUAAGGGCAGCGUUUCUUUUCAAAGAGGCUGGGGAAAGGGAGCGCCCAGGCACGCCGGGAAGCUUACCAAAACUUCCAACUGAUGGUUUUGGCAUUGGAGAGGAGCAGCUUACUUUAGUGACAAGGAAUCAUGAUUAUUCUGCUCUACAAGAAUAUGGCGGGGUUAAAGGGCUGUCAAAUUUGUUAAAAACCAAUUUAGACAGGGGAAUUAGUAAAGAUGAUGCUGAAUUAUUACGUAGGAGGAACGCAUUUGGGGCCAACACUUAUCCUCGAAAAAAAGGAAGAAGUUUUUUGAUUUUUCUAUGGGAAGCUUGUCAAGACUUAACCCUUGUCAUCCUUAUGAUAGCUGCGGUAAUAUCAUUGGUAUUGGGCAUGAAGACAGAGGGUGUUAAAGAAGGAUGGUAUGAUGGUGGAAGCAUUGCCUUUGCUGUUAUUCUUGUCAUACUUGUUACAGGUAUCUGAUUUUUCAUUCAUCAAGUUAUUGUAACACCAGUUACCUUGUUUCAGUAUAAACUAGUGCUUUAUUUCAGUUUAAACCAUCUAGCC